AUGAUCAGUGGAAUCUUCUUCUCGCGUUUCCUCCCACAGGAGGGAACGAAAGUAGUCCAUCAAUCGCCACCUGGCUUCCUAGUCCCUGAACCAGACGUUGAGACUACCCCUCUAUUCUCCUUCGAAACGAUGCGAGAAUACAUCAUUCCACGCCAAGCGUUUUGCAACCGCUACGUGACCAUGAUAUGUCCGGACAACAAGUACCGUAUUCUCGGCCACCCAGUCUGUAUCUACGAUGAGAAGUAUGAGAGGAAUGAAUUUAUGUUCAAUUUUGGGAUUGUGAUUGGUGUGGAGGUGGAUAAGACGCCUUAUGAAGCCGUUGUGAGGAGGCUGGCGAGUACGUUUACGGAGAUGGAGAUUCAGAAUCAAUAUCUGAGUCAGGAGAAGACGGAGGGUGGGAGACGAAGUAUAGCUGCGUUGCUUGAGAUUAUUAAGGAGGACUUAAAUAAUUAUAAUGAGUGUAUGAUACCUGUCGACGACGCGAACACGAUCAACAUGAAGUUGUUCCCAAUAUACACAACCCCCCCACCAAUAAAGUCAUGGCACGUUCCGAUAUCGAAAAUGAAGUUCGCCUCAAUCAUUGAUGAUACAUGGGAUCUUACCAUGGUGCGCAUUCUUCCUCACAUCGACGGCAUCAAAGAUGUUCGAAGGAUAGCAGCAACAUCAUCGACAUCCCUCCCACUCACCAAACUAGCACUCCAACAUCUUCUCUACUACGACAGCAUAAUUCUUCUGCCAUUAUUCCUCUUCUCAGCCAUCUACGCGCCAACACCUAGCCUACAUACCUUCAUAACAUCCACCCCGAUGCAAGAUGAAUGUGCCAAUUAUGUCUACAUCAAUGGCCCGCGCCUCUCAAACUACUAUUUAUGCCGUCUCUUCACCACUCUCUGCACGUCUCGCACGCUCAAAGAAUGGCUCAAACUCCAUCUCGAUCAAGGGUUUGCAGUUCUCAACUUUGUCGAUGUUCGCAGAUUCAUACAGUUCGGCCUCAUCAAGGGUCUGAUUUAUCGUGUGCAUAAAUACGCGGUGUCAGCGCAGAAGCUGGCGGAUAAAGUGAGCGGGAAAGAGCGGCUAGGAGAUAGUUUGAGGGAUUAUGCGGAUGGAACACACUGUUUUGAUCAGAUUACUGUAGAGAGGAAUAUGGGUGAUGCGAAGAUUAUGGAUGCGUUGAGGAAGUUUCCGAAGGGUGAUGUUGAGAUUAUCUACCGAUGA